AAGAAAACACAACGAUCUAAUUAGGCUGGCUAACCUGAGCGGUGUGUUUUCCACAUUAUGUAUUGGAGGCUCGGCUUGUACAGCGUUUGCAGAGAAAGAACGUUUAAUUCCGAGACGCGCUAGAUUCUUUGCUUAUACAACUCUCUCUGUUAUUAUCAAAAUUAUGGAUCUUUUGGCAUAUUGGAGCUUAUUAAUUUGCUACACAUUCGUAUCGAGUGAGACACCAUCGUUAAUUGUCUCUUCGGUGCUGACUUCUCCAUUUCUGAUGGAAGAGAAGGGAACGAACGGGAAUAUAAAUAAGACAUAUCGCGGUUACAUUAUAGACCUGCUAGAGGAGCUGAAGAAGAAAGUGGACUUUGAUUAUGAUAUCGAAAUCUCGCCUGACGGGACCUUUGGAAGAGAGAUAACUCCAGGAAACUGGAGUGGAACAUUAAAUGAAGUUAUUCAAAAGAGAGUGGAUUUGGCCGCCGGUCCAUUUACAAUAACUUCGGAGCGGGCACAAGUUGUCGAUUUUUCAACUCCUUUUCUGACUACACCUUUUGGUAUAGUUCUAAGGCAACCACACAAAGCUGAAGAAUCAAUCGGCCAUCGUCUGCUGAGGGUCUGGGAUCCUUUAAAGCCUAGUGUAUGGAUGAUGAUUUUCAUUUCGUUUGUUGUUACCAGCACACUUCUUUAUGUGGUGUCUUAUUUUAAUCCUUAUGAAUGGCGGAGGAUGUCACGUGAUGGCGAGGCCUCACUACGAGAGGGAGAGUCUUUUACGUGUAUGAACAGUUUCUGGUUUGUGAUGAGUGCUUUAAUGUGGCAAGGUUACACGAGAGCUCCUCGUUCCAUCGGUGGCAGAGUCAUCGUUAUGUUUUGGUGGUUGUUUGUUGUUAUAUCUAUCUCGUGUUAUAUUGCAAAUCUAUCAAAUUUACUGAGAAUCGAACCGAACGCAGAGCACAGCGAAAGGAUGGUCAGAGUGAAGAACCUCAAAGAUCUCGCAAACAGUGACAUUCCGUACUUAAUAACCAAAGGAGGAGCCAUGGAAGAGUUCAUUUUAAAUUCAAAUGCGAGGAUAGCACAACAUCUAAGAUCAAAAGGAUACAAAACAGUCCCAUCCAUUAAAGAAGGGUUAGAGAGAGUCAGUAAAGAGCCAACACAGGCCUUAGCUUUACUCGGAGAAUCAAUGAUGAUAAAAUAUUACCUGAGGACUUACUCCUGUAAGCUUUACAUCGUUGAGGAUACCUCUGUGUAUAGACAUUUUGCCUUUGCUUUUCCAAAAGACUCUUUAAAUAAGCGACGAAUUAAUGUAGCAAUAUCGACUACUGAUGAACUAGGCUACCUAAACGAUAUGAACGAAAAUUGGUUUUCGACAUCAUGUCGGGGAAUAGUGUUUGAUGAUAGUCGGCCUGAACUGUACGAGAUUCCAAAAUUUUACGUGCUAGAUGUUGGUCAUUUUUCCGGGGCUAUGGUGGCGCUAGCCAUUGGACUGGUGUUUGGUAGUUUAGUAACCAUUAUUGAAUAUCUUAUUUACAAGUUUGCCGAGGAGCCAGAAAAGGAGAAAACGAAGACUAAACAAGCUCAACAGAGAGAUGACACGGGUUCUGAGUUCCAGCCAUCCGACAGGUUAUUGACCGGAAAUAAAUCUACAACAACAGUGUAAAAAUUGAUUGAUCAAACCAAAAAUAGAUUUUCUAGAUCUAAUGACCUGCAAUAAGCUUAUGAUUAGUUUUGCAUUGCCUUAUUAUGAAGUCCCAUUCCAGACAUUUUUUUUUAUUUCAAAUAAUGCCUUACAACAUGUUUUAUUAUGUUAUUUUUAUUUAUAAACUUCUUCAGAUGAAACAUUUAAAUUUAUCGUCAAUUCCCUUGUCGGAAAUUAUUAAACAUUUACAUCCAU